AUGUUGUCAUACUUCAACACAUCCUUGGGUGUCAUACCUAUAGUGAACAAGUUGCCAUACAAUAUCCAGGAGAAAUGGACCAUGCGAGCUGCAAGAUUCAAAAGAGAACAUGGUGUGUCAUUUCCGCCAUUUUCAUGUUUUACGGAAUUUGUCCGAGAAAUGAGCAAAGUUAAGAAUGAUCCAGGUUUCGUUUAUGAUUCGCAAACAAAUGCUCCUCAGUUUCAUAAGAAAGGAAAGCCAAAUGUAUCAGCGAUGAAAACGGAUGUCAUGACGAUGGAAGAAACGGCAAGCCAAAGUAAGUGUGGUAGUAAGAUAGAAUACUGUCAUCUUCAUAACGCACAAGGACACAGUCUAAGUACUUGUCGAUCAUUUCGUAGCAAACCUCUGACAGUCAGGAAGAAGUUUAUUAAGGACAAAGGUUUAUGUUUCAAGUGCUGCAGUUCUAACCAUAAAGCGGAGGCAUGUAACCAGGAAGUCUGCUGCGAUGUUUGUAAAAAACCACAUCUUACAGCCCUGCACAUCGACGGCGGGGAGCUGCGCAACUCCAACAGCAAAGAUCAUCAUACACAACGGAAACUAUCUGUUAACACAGCUUGUGCUCAGGUAUGUGGAGACUCGCUUGGAAAAUCUUGUGCGAAAAUAGUACAAGUCAUUAUACACCCAAAGGAUAAACCAAGAGAAACAUUGACAACAUAUGCAAUCAUUGACGAUCAGAGUAAUCGGUCAUUAGUUAGCCCGGAUUUCUUUGAUAAAUUUGAGGGAGACUUUCCGGAAGUAAACUAUUCAUUGUCGUCGUGCGGGGGAGUAGUUGACACACUUGGACGGCGAGCAUAUGGAUUCCUUAUCAGGAGUAUUGAUGGUAAAACCGCUAUUGAGUUACCUCCUCUUACAGAAUGCGAACAAAUUCCAGACGUAAGAGACGAAAUUCCAACACCAGAUAUUGCAAGGAGAUACAAGCAUCUCCAAGACAUUGCAGAAAACAUUCCUGAGGCAGACAACACCAUUCCUAUUCUAUUAUUGAUUGGUCGAGAUUUGAUUGAAGCUCACCACGUGCAAGAUCAAAGAAUAGGCCCCCGUGGCUCGCCUUAUGCACAGAGACUUAGCUUAGGUUGGGUGAUCGUGGGCGAGGCUUGCUUAGGGAAGGCACACGCGCCUCACAAAAUCAAUUGUAUGAAAACUUACGUACACAAAGGGGCUAGGGGAUCAAUAUUCCCACCUUGUGAUUAUCAGUUUCAUUUGAAGGAGACUUCCCAGGAUGCAGAUAUUUUUCGCUGCACCGCAAAUGACAAUGAGGUUGGUCUUUCGGCUGAAGACAAGGAAUUCCUGAAAAUAAUGAAUAAAGAGUUCAUCAAAUCCUCCGAUGGAAAUUGGACAGCCCCUCUUCCUUUCCGCACUCCGACGCAACGGUUACCAAACAACAGGAACUAUGCCCUGAAACGUGCAACGAACCUACAAAAUGGACUUAGAAAAAACCCGGCAAAAGGGGAACAUUUCAUUGAAUUCAUGGCGAAAAUUCUUGACAACGGAUAUGCUGAACUGGCACCUUCACUAGAGCCGAAUCAAGAGUCAUGGUUUUUACCAAUAUUUGGUGUCUACCAUAAGAAAAAGGGACAAAUCAGAGUCGUUUUCGAUUCCUCUGCAACUUACCAGGGUGUCUCUCUAAAUUCAGUUCUCCUCCAAGGACCAGAUAUGACUAAUAAUUUUUGGGACAAUGACCUAAAUUUGGAACUAGUCGAGUAUAACAUGUGCGUGCAUGUUUUCGGCAAUUCACCAUCGCCAGCGAUCGCGACUUACGGCCUUCGGAAAUCUGCAGCCGAUCAAGAAAGCACGUUUGGCUCAGAUAUGAAGGAUUUCAUGGAGAAAAACUUUUACGUCGAUGAUGGUUUGGUGUCAUUUGCAGACUCCACACAAGCAAUUGAUCUCUUACAGAGAACACGGGAAGCGUUAAGGUUGGGAGGCAAACUGCGGCUUCACAAAAUUGCUUCAAAUGAUAGUGGUGUGAUGAAGGCCUUCCCCAAAGAGGAUCUAGCUGCUGAUCUGAAGGUUGUGGAUAUUGGCUCAGAACAUUUACCACCACAGAGAAGUUUGGGGUUGAUGUGGAAUUUAAACACAGACCGUUUCACAUUCAAUGUAUCCGAUGACGACAAAACAUUUACCCGGAGAGGUAUGCUAUCUGUCAUCAACUCCCUCUAUGACCCUCUCGGAUUUAUCUCGCCUAUCAUUGUUCAGGGAAGGAUUCUCAUUCGCGAUUUCAUAGCAGAAACUGUGGAUUGGGAUCUUCCACUGUCAGAAGAAAGCUUACAAGUUUGGAUGGAAUGGAGAGAGUCCCUCAAACAUUUAGAUCCUAGAAGUGUCCCAAGGACCUAUUUCCCCUCACCCUUUGAUGAUGCUGGAACAAAGGAAAUUCACAUAUUUGGCGACGCUUCUGAGAAGGUCAUUUCUGCUGUGGCCUACUUGAAGAGGACUAAUGCGGACAGCUCUGUAGAUGUAGGAUUCGUGCUUGGGAAAUCCAAAGUGGCCCCAAAAAGCGGCCACACAAUACCUAGAUUGGAACUUUGCGCAGCAGUACUAGCUGUCGAGAUAGGAGAAAUCGUGUCACGUCAUCUGGAUUUCCCACUUAGCAAAAUGAAGUUUUAUUCAGACAGUCGUGUAGUAUUAGGCUACCUGAACAACAAAGUUCGACGUUUCUUUGUUUAUGUUGAAAACCGUGUGUCGCGUAUACUAAAGAGUACUGAGCGUCAUCAGUGGCACUAUGUGGCUUCGGAGAACAAUCCUGCAGAUCAGGGUACUCGGCCUAUAUCAUCUACUAGAUUAGACGAGAGCACAUGGCUAAAAGGACCGGAAUUUCUCCGAUCCGAAAACCCACCAGGUGGUGAAGAGCAAAGAAGGGGUCAUGUUCCUGUGAGUAGUGCCAUCAGCUCUUUAGAUCCCUACUUAGACGACAAGGGAAUGCUGCGCUUAGGCGGAAGAAUCAAGCAGAUGAAUGCAGAUCUGAAAGAAAAGAACCCUCUUAUUCUUCCAGGAAAUCACCACAUAUCAACACUGCUGGUCCGUCAUUAUCAUGAAAAGGUGAAACAUAUGGGACGUCACUUCACGGAUGGUGCUGUACGCUCUGCAGGAAUCUGGAUAACCGGUGUUAAACGCCUCAUAUCAUCGUUGAUCUAUAGAUGCGUGAUAUGA